ACCCCUCCCCCUCCCCGGAAAGGAGGCGGGAAUCUGGAGGCGGAGGGCGGAGGCUUCUGUCUGUACACGCGACACUCUGGGGUUCCGGGGGCAGCUAGGGCAGCUGGGCGCAGGAACUGCAGCACCCACCAUCACCACCCCCGCAGCCGGUGGAUGGGCCUGUCUCCCAUAGAUUAUGCCAUUCCAAGCUCCAGCCUUGUAUUCCUUCUACCAUCUACUACCUUGAUCUCUAUCUCAUGUUACUGAAUGGAUCUGGAGAAAGUCACAAAACUAUGCUUACUGGGUCCACUACAAAUUCGGGGAAUUAUCUAUUUAGACCUUUGCUUGAUGAAAAUCACUUUGGCACUUGAAUGGAGGAUGAUUUAGAGUGGGGACAAAGUUGAGAUCAGGAGACCAAUUAACAGACCAUUCUAGCAGAACUUUUAAAAACUACAUUGAAUAUUGAUACUCUUUGAAUAAUGGGAAGAAGCUAUCUAGUAGAAGAAUCAAUUGGACAAUACCUUUUAAACUUCAACAAUCCUGAAAAGGCUUUUGUCUCAGGUCUUUUGAUAGGACAGUGUUCUUCACAAAAAGAUUAUGUAGUUCUUGCCACUAGAACACCACCCAGAGAAGAUCAGAAUGAGGAUACAAGAUCUUCCCAAUCAAAGCUGGAUGAUUUAGAUGAAGAAUGGGCUACAACGCAUGCCAAUCAGGUAUCUAGAAUGCUACCAGGAGGGUUAUUAGUUCUUGGAAUAUUUAUUAUUACUACUCCAGAUCUUGGGAAAGAUGUUCAGAAUGCCCUACGCAGGCUACUAUUUGCCGUGGAAAAAUCGAUAGCUAAAAGGAGACUAUGGAAUCUCUCAGAAAAUGAUGUCUCAGACCGAGUCACACUUCAUGUUUGCUCAUCUACCAAAAAAAUACUUUGUCGAACUUAUGAUAUUCGUGAUCCAAAGAGUUCAGCAAAACCUGCAGACUGGAAAUAUCAAAAUGGACUAUCUUCUUCAUGGCUUUCUUUAGAUUGUAAAAUUCAUGUUAAUAUUCAUGUCCCACUUUCAACAACAACUGCCAACUAUCCCCUGGAGAAAAAUACAAAGAAUGGACUUGCACGGUGGGCCAAGCAAAUCGAAGGCGGUGUAUAUUUGAUCAAUGGACAAGUUAAAGAAGAAGACUGUGAACUGCUAGAGGGACAGAAGAAGUCUUCUAGAGGAAAUACUCAAACUACUAGUCAAACUUUUGAUGUCAGAGUUCUAACACAACUGCUCCUCAAUUCAAAUCACAGGUCUACAGCUACAGUCCAGGUCUGCAGUGGCUCUGUAAACCUCAAGGGUUCUGUGACAUGUAGAGCCUAUAUUCACAACAACAAACCCAAGGUUAAAGAUGCUGUGCAGGCAUUGAAGAGAGAUAUAUUGAACACAGUGUCUGACCGUUGUGAAAUACUAUUUGAGGAUCUUCUUAUGAAUGAAACACCAAGCAAAAAAGAUUCUGAAAAGGAAUUCCAUGUUCUGCCUCACCGAAUAUUUGUCCCUAUUCCUGGAUCCAGUGUUAUGCUGUGUGAUUAUAAAUUUGGAGAUGAGUCAACUAGAGAAAUUCAAGAAAAUUUUAUGGAAUUGUUGGAUCGGCAUGUAGGACUAGAUGAUUUAGAAAUUGCAGAGGAAAUUAACACAGCUAGUAUAAAUUCAUGUAUGAAAAGAGAAGACAUACCAGACAACACAUAUGAUGAUCAACCAAAGCAUUUGAUUAAAACUACAAUGGCAUUGAGAAUUCAGCAAAACCUAGGCUUGGCGAUAGCAGCAGCAGUGGCACUCCUUGCUGCAGGCUUCUCCUUUCAUUACUUCAGUGACUAAUCUCAGCCAUGGGAGCUUUCUGCGCAUUGUGGGAACAUUGACCGGGAAUGAGGGGCUGAUCCUGAGGAGACAAGCAAGACCAACAUCCAAACCAACAUGUUUCCAUAAGUAGCUAAUCGCUGUACUUCUGACUUGUUGUAAAGUCUUGAGCUGCCUUGUGUGGGCAUACCAAGGCUGUAGGUGGGAUGGGUUUCCCAAAGUAAAAUGACUUAUUUAGCUAAAAAUUUAAGUUACAUCUCUGCCAGCCUGAAGCCCGGAGGCAUGAUGUAGGAAAGCCAUUGGCCAAUGGAAGAGUCUGGAAGGAUCUGGGGGAGAAUCUCUUGGCUCCUGAGCCUCUCUCUGGUCUGGUUCUCUCUCCAGCCAUCCCAGCAACUUUUAGCUUUCUGGCAAUCUCCCAAGCCACAGGCUGAAAUCCGAGACCAGAUCUUUAAGUUAGAAGGGCUAGAGAUUUUAUUUCUAUCUUUCUUUCUCUUUACUAAUAAAUACUUAUAAAUUCAGUAUAAAGUCUUCAAGAAUAAUUUUAUUUGUAAUAGAUUCUUUACCAUAAAGAAUAAAAACAGAAAUAGCAACAAUAUGGUAUAGUGGAAGGACAAUUGACCCUGAGUUUGAAUCCUACUUUGAAUACUUGUUAACUGUGAGAACUUGGGCCAACCAUUUUAACUUCUCUAAGUUUUAGUUUCCUCAUCUGUAAAUGGAGAUAAUAACACUACCUACCUCACAGGGUUGUUGUGAGGGUCUAAGGAAAUGUUUUUAAAAUGCUUUAGAUGAAAAGCACUAUAUACAUAGGAGAUAAUUGUUUAUUGUAUUUUUGAAUUAUGAGUUGAUACCAAUCAGGAUGUAUAAAAAUCUCAGUGCCAUGGAAGGAUACUUUAUAUUCACAAGAAAGAAUGACUGGGCAGAUCACAGAGUGGGAAAGAAGGCCUACCAUGUGAGCCAACGUCUCGGUCCCUCAACCGCAGGCAGAUAGAAUGGUCCAAAUAAAACAUGUGGGGAUCAGGACUUUGUAGAUGCUUGCUGCCUCUAUUAGCAUAUUAUAUAUUGUAAUGAUCUUUUUAGACCACACUGAUAAAAAUUUGAAGAAUAUUUAAAUGCUAUUCUAAUUAUUCUAUUUAUUAUGUCUUGUUUAAGGAUUUAUGAGCCUUUAAAAAAAGUUAUAACUUUAUUUAGAAAACUGCAUCAGUGCAUCAGAAAACUGAUUGAUUCUUCUUUAUGUCCUAUAAUAAAUUAGUAUUCUUACUGAAAAAAUUCAAAAGAAAAUAUUAAGUUAGCCAGAAGUAAUCAAUGAAUCUACAUAUAUGUGUAUCCUAACCCCAUAUAGAAGAUAAUAUGUAUUACAAUAAUGUAACAUAAGCCACUUGUAUAUGCUUAGCACCUUGGAGAAAAGGAUAUGAAACACUCUGGGGACUUGGGUGAAACUCUUUCUUUCUCUAGCUUUACCAGAUGUGUUAUUCACUUUACUUCACUGUUUUGUUUUGGGGUCCACUUGAAGCAUCCCAAACAAAUGCUAUUCCCACUAUUGCCAAUAAAGAAGCUGAGGCUUAGCUUGUCAUGACCUUCCUAUUUGUCCUUAAUCUCCAUGCCCCAGAUAUUUUUCUUCCUUCUUGUAUUAAUCCUCCAGGACUGUUAGAAUGCCUUGGGAAUGUUAUUGAAGUAAACAUGACAAACAAAUGUUAAUAAAGCGCUAGCUAAUUGAACCCUAUCCACAGUAAAUUAAGCCAUGCUUUAUUAUGGUAAGUCACUGCAGAACUUAAGCCUUCAUAAUCAGUCUUAAAAGCUCAUUUUUAGGAAUUUAAUAGGAAAACUAUUCCAAGCCAAUGUCAUUGCCAUAUGUGUUCCCUUUGACAAUUAGACCUUUUGUUCGUAAAUUUGUGGCAUGGCACUUAGUGAUGAGAAUGGAAGGACUUAGUUUAAUCCUGCAUUAGAUUCUAUUUUGGACUAAUCCAAUUUAGUUAGCUGGGUCUGUACCUUGCCCUUGUGAUCAGAGCUCUGAAUGGGAAUAAGCUCAGACACUAGACAUAAAAAGUAAACUGAAAUUACUUAAAUUAUUUUAUUUAUUUGGUGGGGCAUGUUUAGUAUUUUGCAUUUGUCAAGGAGACCGUUACUAGUAAUUAAUUUCUGGAUGCUGGGUAAAGUGCAAAUAGCAAUGGGUUGGGAUUUAAUAAAACUGUCUUUUACUCCUAACUUCCAUUAACUAGUUAUAUGACCCUGGAUAAAUGACCUACCUUCUAUGAGCAUGGACUUCCUUAUCUGUAAAUUGUGGAAAUUAAACCAGAUAGUUUCUUAGUUUCUUUCUAACAUAAAUUGUGGGCUGCAUUAUUUAUCAUUGAUUUCAGUGUCACCAGAAAUUGGACAUUAGCCUAAAUUUCUUAAUAUCAUCGAGCCUCAACUUCUUUCUUAAAUGAGGAUAAUAAUUGCAUCACAUACCUCACAAAUUGAUUGUGAGGAUGAACUAAUAAAAUAUUUACUAAGUAUUUUUUAAAGGUAAAGUUAUAUAAAUGUAAGCUAUUAUUGAUUUACACAGGAAUAGGGAAAUAUCUGUAUCCCAUGCGGUAUGAAGCUUAAAUAGAAGAUAUGGAAUGAGUCAAUUGUGCAUUUUAAAUUAUUUGUUAAGAUAUUUAGUUCCAAGGCCAAAUGCAUGAGUGCUUUGUUAAAUGAGACGCAAAGUCUGAUUAUUAGUAAUUUGACAAACUUAAAAUAUUUUUGAAAGCUAAUAUUUAAUCAUGCCACAGCUAUUAAAACCUGUAAUGUACCUUAGACAACUAAGCUUUCAUUUUAGAUUUAGAAAGAACAUUAAUGGGAGUGAAUAGGUGGAAGACUGCUGGAUUUGGAGUCGUGGGACCUGGGUUCAAAUUCUGACAAUGUCUUGCUGGUUGUAGAAUCCUAGUCAAGGUACAACUCUGAGUUUUAGUUUUCUUUGUCAGCAAAAUGAGUAAUUUGAAUUAGAUGAUCUCUUAAGGCACCUUCCAGUUCUAGUUACCAUCCUAUGAAGUAGGCUUUGGUCCUAUAAGUAAAACUGGGACAUUUGCUCAAGUCCUGAAGUUCCUUAGAUAUAGACCAUUUGGUUUGUCAUAACCAUAGCAUUACCUUCUAAUAAAUGCUUUUUAAAAGCCCUGCCUUUUAAUACUAUUAUAAAACCAGAGUUCAAAUAAAUUCAAGAUCAAAAACAAUAUAGAAAAAAAUAAUCCCUGGCCAUUGGGCUAGAAUUCUGAGCAACAUAGAACGUGUGUGUAUAAGAUUUCCAAGGCAUUAUAACUCUUCCCAUAUGUCAGUAAAAUUGUAUAUUACAAACAUGAGAAUCUGGUGUAAAUCACUCAUGCCCAUAUUUAUUGUAAAGUAAAUAGAUCAAAAUCAACUGGAUCUAGACAAGACGGUGAAGUAGGUGAAAUUUUUCUUGACUCUUAUCUCCCAUGAGAUGUCCAGUGCUGUUAGGAAGAUUUUGAUUCAAAGUAAAUUUAUCAUUUAUACAUGUCCAAAAGUGGUGGGCUACCUCAGGGAAUAACACUUUGCACAUCAACGAUGGCCUUACUGCAUAUAUGAGCAUUUGCUAUUUUCUUAUGGUUGGAAUUUUUUAAAGUAGAUCUUAUGUUAGAUAAUCUCUAAGGUCCCUUCCAUUUGUUCAUGAUUCUACAUUAAUAAAAUUUGCCUUUUCCCCUUUCCUUACAUGUGUCUAGAAGUCUUCAGGCUGCCAUAGGAAAAUAGAACAUAAUUUCAAAAAUAAACUUUUAAGGGAAAAAAAUGUUAUUUCUUGGACCUGGUACUAGAAAAAGCAUGUUAAUUAUCUGGUGAAUAAAAGCAAGCCACAAGAGCAAA